AUGUUGAGGAUAAAGAACGAAAGAGAUAUACGAACACACAGAAAACAAAAAGAGAGAAACGAAAUACAAGCCCCAAAGGUUAUCACAAUUACAACUGGGAAGAGUUGGUGGAAAAGAUUGAGAACAAUAGGAAAACUCCUGGUGAACGAGCUUGAUAGAUAUUUAGAGUAUAACAAUCUGCCAAUGACCGGAAAGAAGAUGGAGAAAGUGAGGCUAACUGUGGCACAUUUGUACAUGCAAAUAGAUAAAGACCUAAAUGCACCCGAGCAUCGGUUUGAAGACACCAGUGAAAAUGAAUCCAAAGAUACAGAAUCCAUAGAUAAUCUGGAUAAGAGACAGAAUCUGAGUCUGAGAGUGGCACAUGUGCCCAUGCUGACGAUUUAG